CAACUUUUAGACAGGAAAAUAUCUACACACGUAUAUGAAUUGAAGUAAACUGUAUUUGUAAUACAUGACCAGAACAAAUUAUACUUUGGUGACUGAGUUCAUCCUGCUGGGAUUGGCAGACACACUGGAGCUACAACUUAUCCUCUUCUUGCUCUUUUUUGUGAUAUACACACUGACAGUUUGGGGGAAUAUUGGGAUGAUCCUCUUAAUCAGGAGUGAUUCCCGACUCCACACACCCAUGUAUUUCUUCCUGGCUAACCUGUCCUUUGUGGAUGUGUGUUAUUCCUCCACCAUCACCCCAAAGAUGCUGGUGGAUUUACUGUCAGAGAAGAAAACCAUCUCCUUUGCUGGCUGCUUUCUGCAGAUGUACUUCUUCAUUGCCUUGGCCACAACUGAAUGCCUCCUCUUUGGGCUGAUGGCCUAUGAUCGCUAUGUGGCCAUAUGCAACCCUCUGCUUUACCCAGUGGUCAUGUCCAGGACAGUCUGCCUGAAAAUGGCAGCAGGGGCUUUCACAGCGGGACUGUUGAACUCCAUGGUGAACACGAGCUAUGUGAGCAGGCUGCCAUUCUGUGGUCCCAAUGUCAUUCACCACUUCUUCUGUGACAGCCCCCCACUCUUUAAGCUCUCAUGUUCUGACACACACCUGAAUGAAAACAUGACCAGAACAAAUUAUACUUUGGUGACUGAGUUCAUCCUGCUGGGAUUGGCAGACACACUGGAGCUACAACUUAUCCUCUUCUUGCUCUUUUUUGUGAUUUACACACUGACAGUUUGGGGGAAUGUUGGGAUGAUCCUCUUAAUCAAGAGUGAUUCCCGACUUCACACACCCAUGUAUUUCUUCCUGGCUAACCUGUCCUUUGUGGAUGUGUGUUAUUCCUCCACCAUCACCCCAAAGAUGCUGGUGGAUUUAUUGUCAGAGAAGAAAACCAUCUCCUUUGCUGGCUGCUUUCUGCAGAUGUACUUCUUCAUUGCCUUGGCCACAACUGAAUGCCUCCUUUUUGGGCUGAUGGCCUAUGAUCGCUAUGUGGCCAUAUGCAACCCUCUGCUUUACCCAGUGGUCAUGUCCAGGACAGUCUGCCUGAAAAUGGCAGCAGGGGCUUUCACAGCGGGACUGUUGAACUCCAUGGUGAACACGAGCUAUGUGAGCAGGCUACCAUUCUGUGGUUCCAAUGUCAUCCACCACUUCUUCUGUGACAGUCCCCCACUCUUUAAGCUCUCAUGUUCUGACACACACCUGAAUGAAAGCAUCUUUUCCACUUUUGCUGGAGUGAACAUGGUGGGUGUUCUGCUGGUCAUCCUCGCGUCCUACUCCUACAUUCUCUUCUCCAUCUUUCGUAUGCAUUCCGGGGAGGGACGACACAAAGCUUUCUCAACCUGUGCCUCUCACCUGGCAGCUGUAAUUCUGUUCUACUCCACUGCCAUCUAUACUUAUCUGAGACCUACUUCCAGCUACUCCCUGGGUCAGGACAAAGUGGCUUCUGUCUUCUACACAGUGGUGAUCCCCAUGCUGAACCCUCUGGUCUACAGCCUCAGAAAUAAAGAUGUAAAGGAGGCUUUAUACAAUGUAUUUACAAGGAAAAGGAUCCCUUCAUUUCUGUGACUGGUUGUAUUUCUCAAACCAGCAGAGUAUUUUAUGAGCUUUCAUUGACUGCUGAAGCCUACAAUUUUUCAUUAGAAUCUUUUCUAAGUAAUUUUGUUUUAUAAUAUUCAAGUGCUUUAUCAGACUUAUAUAAGACCAUGAAUCUUUCAUCUAACCAUUCUGUAUCUUCACUCAAUCCUAAAAAUUAAAGCUUAUUUAUAAUGAAAUCUUAUCUAGUGAAAGAAAGGUAUUGACUAUUUAGAGAAAAUGUCACAAUAUCACUUAAAACUAUCAAUAGUAUUUGUAAUUACGCAUUUAUUUUUCC